UGUUGGUGAUUUUAAAUAAAGUUAUUUGGAUUCAAACAACAUGGCGGCUUGCUGUGGUCUGCCCAUGCUGCUGGACUGAGGAUGUGAAAGCAGCAGUAAAUUUAGAAAAAGAAAAGAAAGAAAAAGGGAUUCUCUGCGUUAACAAUCAGAGCAGGCAUGGCCACUCCAGGGAAGCCAACUAAAAAGGAAUUGAAAAAACACAUUCCAACUAAAACCUCCUUCGUCUCACCCUUGACCCCAACAUGGAGACCUCUCCCCCAACAGGACAUGCACUUCAUCCUGAAAACUCUGAAGGACAAACUGAUCUCUGUGGGUCUUGAGAAAAAAGAAGUGAAAGUGUUUCGCCCGUGGAAGAAAAAGAAAGACCAGAAACCUCCUGCCGCCCCAUCAGAACCAGCUGUUCCCCAGGUGCAGGAUUCUCCCCAGAACGGCUGGACAGUUGUGGCGGCCAGGCGGCAGCUGGCCAUCGGCAUCAACGAGGUCACCAAGGCUCUGGAGAGAAACGAGCUCAAACUGGUGCUGGUGUGUAAGUCUGUCAAACCCAAACACAUGACGAGUCACCUGAUAGCUCUGAGUGUGAUGAGAGGCGUGCCGGCCUGCCAGGUGCCUCGCCUGAACCAGAACCUGUCUGAGCCGCUGGGACUGAAAAGUGUCCUCGCGCUGGGAUUCAGGCGCUGCGCCUCCACAGACGAGGAGGUCUUCACUGACACCGUUGACGCCAUUAAACCCAGAGUGCCCUCACUGGAUGUUGCAUGGCUACCAGGUGCAGCCCCCACAGUAACACCCGAGGACCCUGCUCACAUGGAGGUGGAGGUGGAGGAGGAGGAGGAGGCUGGAGAGAAGAGAGGCCAGAAAAGGAAACUGGAGAGUGAAUCAAAGGAGAUUACAGAGUCUUCCUCCUCCUGCUCUCUGCAGCCUCUCAAAGUGAAGAAAGUGGUCACUAAUCCUGCAAGGAAAGCAAAAAAGAAGGUUAAGACGUAGCCUGUCACAUUAGAGAGGAACUCUGCCUAGAUAUUUAAAGGACCAUUCUUAUGUUUUUGCAUGUUUUAGCUAAGUGGGUCCCAAUGUUUUUGGCUUGAGACCACUUUGAGACAAGGUGCACUGGUGAUGACAGUGUGGAUUUGGAUGAUUUGGAGGAAUUUUUAGACGCCUGAAGAGGCAUAUCAUAUUGUGAUGUUUCAGAUUCAUCUUGGGAACUCUCCUGACUCCAGUGUUUGUGUUUCUGAUAUUUCAAGCAGCCAUGCAACUCAGUUGGCUGACUUGUUUGAGAUAGACAGUCCAUUACAGCAAAUUAGAGCUGAAACUUCUUUGUCAUAUUUGAGAGGCUACUGAAUAUUUUUAGGUUUUGGACUGAUGGCUGUACAAAACAAGCUAUUUGAAAAUGUCUAAAUGGGCUUUGAGGAGUAUCGGUUGGCAUCUUCAGUUGUGGUAUCAUUGCAUGGUUCAGUUGACUGACAUGCAAAGUUACCAAUGCAUUACUACAGGAAAAAUAUGAAUUUAAUUUAGCCAAAAUAGUUAAACUUCGUAAGGACCAUGUAUGAUUUUAUUAAUUUAGUUUAUUAUUUAUCAAAAUAUGAUGUCAUUGGCCAGACACAGGCAUAACACUGGACUUUUACAUCUAUGUUGUUGUGUCUAAGAUGAUUUUUGGUAAAUGUGACAUGAGUUGAAACAAACAUUCCUGAUCCAGUUUGUAAUGAACACACCGUUAAGAAGAAGUGCAUCACUCUUGUUCCUUUUUAAAGUGAGUUUAUUCAAUCAAACAUCCAUGCUGGUAUAGCUGACGUGUGUGUUGAAACAGAUUGUUAUUUGCAUGGGGUCAUGUCUAAAUGAUGCUGGUACAAGUUCUUCAGCUUUUUCACAGCUUACAAUGGAUCUGAAUAAAAAUAUUGUUCUUCA